GGGCACUGAAGAAGAGGAGCAGCCGCAGCCGGAGGCUGUCUCCACUGAUGGACACGAGAACAGGCCUUCACCCAAGGAGCUGGAGGAGCUGGAACUGUUGAACAGGGCCUUAGAGAAGGCACUGAAAGUCAGGAAAAGCAUCUUGAAAACUCCACUAGAGUCCCAGGGAGCUACAAGUGAGGGACCUGCUCCCAGGAAUACUCAAGAGCAGCAAUUAUGCCAGCUGAAGCUACCCCUUCCCUACAGGAAAGCCUAUUCCAGGAACUCCAGCUGGCCAGGGCUUGGGUUAGGACACAGAGCUAGUGGUGUGAAAACCUUCCUUAAGCUGCUGCUGUUUGAGUUCCGUUCACCGAUGCCGGCCGUCAGUCCUGCAGAGAUAGAGGAGGAAUUGAAAGUCCUCCGGGAUGUCCCCUCCCUUCUGAGCCAGUAUGUGGAGACUGAGCCUGCAGAUCACCCCACUCUGCAAAGAGAGUAUGAAAGCCUUCUAACCUUGGAGGGUUUGCAAACCACAGUUUCCCAGUGCCUGCAGAAACUGCACCUUCUGCGAGCAGCUGUCGAGUCCCAGAUGAGGCUGCGCCCAGACUGUGCUGGGGAUGUAGGAAGCUGCUCUCCAGCCUGUGUCCCUCCCAGGGGACAGAUGUAUGACAGAGCAGAUGUGCUGGCUGUGCCUCUCCUUUGUUACUCCAGUUUCCAGGAGCUGAGGGACCUGUUUGCCUUGAAGCUCCAAGUGUCAAUGCUGCACCAAGAAAUUGCCUUACAAAAGGGCAUGAUGGCUGAACUCCUGCCUGUCCUGGAGUCCAGGCUCUACCCAGAGGCCUCCACAGCUCAGCUGUAUCGGGCGAUUUACACGCAGCUCUGUGAAGGAGGAAAGCGAUUCCCUGUGCUGGUGAGAGACGAGCUGGCAGACUGA